AGAGCCCUUUAGCUAGCCAUCGUUGUUAUCGCCAUCUUCAUUGCUCCCUCCUCUUCUUCCUUCACCACCACCGCAGCUUCCACCGCCAUGCAAUCCCUGCAAUCCCCAUCUCUCCGACCACCCCUUCUUAAUCCUUUCCACAAGAACUCUCAUAAUGCAAAAAAAACCCCAACUAGAAAGCUAUCUUUUAUCUCUGCUUCAUCUACAAAUAACUCUACCAUUUCGGCUCCCAAGCGCGAGAAAGACCCCAAGAAAAGAGUCGUGAUUACGGGUAUGGGGUUGGUUUCUGUUUUUGGGAAUGAUGUGGAUGUUUACUAUGACAAGUUGCUUGAUGGAGAGAGUGGAAUCGGACUCAUUGACAGGUUCGAUGCCUCCAAGUUUCCCACCAGGUUCGGGGGACAGAUCCGGGGAUUUACUUCAGAAGGUUAUAUCGAUGGGAAGAAUGAUAGAAGGCUUGAUGAUUGUUUGAGGUAUUGCAUUGUUGCGGGCAAGAAGUCGCUGGAACAUGCGGAUCUUGGAGGGGAUAAACUCUCUAAGAUUGAUAAAGAGCGGGCUGGUGUGCUUGUUGGAACAGGGAUGGGUGGCCUUACAGUUUUUUCAGAUGGUGUUCAGGCUCUAAUUGAAAGAGGAUAUAGGAAAAUUACCCCAUUUUUUAUUCCUUACGCUAUUACAAACAUGGGCUCGGCCUUGCUUGCUAUGGACAUUGGUUUCAUGGGGCCGAACUAUUCAAUUUCAACUGCUUGUGCUACCUCCAAUUAUUGUUUCUACGCUGCUGCUAAUCACAUUCGCCGUGGUGAGGCUGAUUUGAUGAUUGCUGGCGGAACUGAAGCUGCCAUCAUUCCCAUUGGAUUGGGAGGUUUUGUAGCAUGUAGGGCCUUAUCUCAGAGGAACGAUGAUCCACAAACUGCUUCAAGGCCAUGGGAUAAAGGUCGAGAUGGCUUUGUUAUGGGUGAAGGUGCAGGAGUGUUGGUUAUGGAGAGCUUGGAACAUGCAAUGAAACGGGGUGCACCUAUUAUUGCAGAAUACUUGGGGGGUGCUGUUAACUGCGAUGCUUAUCACAUGACUGAUCCAAGAGCUGAUGGACUUGGGGUCUCUUCAUGUAUAGAGAGAAGUCUUGAAGAUGCUGGUGUGUCACCUGAGGAGGUUAACUACAUAAAUGCGCAUGCAACUUCUACCCUUGCUGGUGAUCUUGCUGAAAUAAAUGCCAUCAAAAAAGUAUUCACGAAUACUUCUGAGAUCAAAAUCAAUGCAACCAAGUCUAUGAUAGGGCAUUGCCUUGGUGCUGCUGGAGGUUUAGAAGCAAUUGCCUGUGUGAAGGCCAUAACCACAGGAUGGUUGCAUCCUAGCAUUAACCAAUUUGUAUGUGUUAGAUCAUUUUCUGUUUUAGCUGAUCUUUUUUUUAAUCAAUUAAGAUCAUCUUGCAUGUAUCUGUCCUUGAAAGAUUAUUUUCCAUGCCUGCAGGAUCCAGAGCCUUCAGUUGAAUUUGACACUGUUGCCAAUAAGAAGCAGCAGCACGAAGUGAAUGUUGCCAUUUCAAAUUCCUUUGGAUUUGGUGGACACAACUCCGUUGUGGCCUUUUCUGCUUUUAAGCCCUGAAUGUCUGGCUUGUCAGCGAAUCUGUUUCUGCAAUUCAAGGCUGGCCAUUUUCCUUGCCUGUAUUUUUUGCAGGAACUAGUCUCCGCCUAAUUGUGAGUUGCUUGUAACCUAGACAUUGAGGCGGCUGAUAGUCACUCUUCAAAACAUUUGUAGUUUUUGCCCCCAGUAAUUUGAGUAUGGCCCAUAGCUCAAGGACAUUUUCUUUUUGAAGUAAUAUUUUCGUUUUGCA